AAACAUGUCAUUUUGGAAAGAUCAUAGCCUACCUUAAUUACGUCUAUAAAUUAUAACAAUUUCUUCUUAACCAAUCAGAUUUUUAGAAAUUUAUUGGUUUCAAGUAAUUAUAAUUAUAACUAGUAAUUAUAACAUUUUAGUAGUGUCAAUAAGUGCAGUUAGAGUGUUAGUGUUAAUUAUUGGUUAUUACUUUGAUUAAACCGAAACGAAAAAUGUAAGAAGGAUGAUCCUUGUUAAGACUCGAGUCUUAUCUUCCCAGUUGGUGAUUGCGUGGUUGCUGCUGGUAGCUGCAUUGUGUUCAUUUCUCGAGAAUACAGCAGCUUACCAACCGGAAUUCGCCGAGCCCAUAGUCAAUAUUUCAGUUCCUCUAGGAAGAGAUGCUACAUUUCGUUGUUUGGUACAUCAUCUAGGAGGAUACAGGGUGGGAUGGGUGAAAGCGGACACUAAGGCUAUCCAAGCCAUCCACGAUCACGUCAUAACUCAUAAUCCUAGAGUCAGUGUGUCGCACAAUGAUCAUAUUACGUGGAAUCUGCAUAUAAAGAAUGUCCAAGAAGAAGAUGGUGGACAAUAUAUGUGCCAGAUCAAUACGGAUCCAAUGAAAAGUCAGGUCGGGUACCUUGACGUAGCCGUACCUCCCGAUUUUAUUCCAAAAGAUACCUCCGGGGACGUUAUGGUCCCCGAAGGAGGAACUGUUAAGUUGACUUGUAGAGCCCGGGGACAUCCGGAUCCCCAUGUGCAGUGGCGGCGAGAAGACGGUCACGAUAUUGUUAUUAAGGAGCCUACAGGACUCAAAACAUCAGUAUCAUCUUAUCAAGGAGAAGUAUUGAUAUUAUGGAAAAUAUCUCGUACUGAAAUGGGCGCCUACAUGUGUAUCGCUUCAAAUGGGGUUCCACCGACAGUUAGCAAAAGGAUUAUGGUCAAUGUUCACUUUCACCCUGUAAUCCACGUACCGAACCAACUUGUUGGGGCGCCAUUAGGCACAGACGUUACUUUGGAAUGUAACGUCGAAGCUUAUCCGAAAUCCAUCAACUACUGGGUUCGAGAUACAGGCGAAAUGGUAAUUUCGAGUUCUAAAUUCGACGUGCAGGUAUCCAGCAAGUCCCCGUUUCACGUGAAAAUGAGUGUGAUCGUAAGAAAUCUACAAAGAGAAGACGCCGGCUCGUAUCGCUGUAUAGCCAAGAACUCCCUGGGAGAAGUCGAAAGUAAUAUUAGAUUAUACGAAAUACCAGGACCAACGAAAGGCUUUAGUUUAUCCAUCGACGAAGACGAUUAUAACGAACAAUUCGGAUCGGCCGAAAAAGAUCAAGAAGAAGAUAAUAUAUCGAAUAACCUUCUGGAAAAAUCCACAUUUCAACAUUCAACUGUCGAAACACCAUCCAGAGCCAACUACGUCGAUAACCAGAACGUGGCGAUUAUAGACGAGCCGAAUUCGUCCUCUUCUUCAUCAUCACGUUUUUCCGGUCGAAUUAUGGCGCGGUCAAUAGGAUAUUUCAUAUUAACGGUAGGAUUCUUUGAUGUUAUAGCUCCAGAAAUCGAAGUUCUAUUUUCCUCUAUAAUAGCGACAACGAUUUGACGAUCGACAGUUAACAAGAGGUUUUUCUAGUGACAAUAAUGUUCCUUUUUAUACAUUGUGUUUGUAACACUUUAUAUUACUGCCGAAAGUAAUUAACAGUAAUAGUUGUAACAUUGUCAUACUACACUCGUGAGCAAAAAAAUCGACUCGAGUCGCACGCUAGCGGCCCUAAUAACAAUCCCCGAUGCUAUAAAAUUUUUAUCAUCCCUCACCCACCGCCAGUUUCAAUAAAAACCAACUCGGUGUUUGUCUCCAUUGUAAUUUCCGACUUAUCAUCAGCACUCUGGCUAUUUUUCGCUGAAUCUGACCUUGUCGCACUAGGAUGACGACUUGAACGGCUUUAUCACACAGAACAUACCCUAAGAAGAAACCCAAACUCAGUCGUUAAUCAGUGGAAAAAACAAGGAGGAUUUUCGAUGUCAGUGCCCUCGAUGGUACGUGGCAGAACUAAAUUUGAGCCAGUUCAUAAUAAUAAUAAUAAUAAAUAGGAUAUUUGUGUUCAGUUUUUUUUCCAAUGCGAUUGCAGAAGUGUCGCCUGAGUCGAUUUUUUUUGCUCAAGUGUGUAUAUACAAGGUGUCAAAAAGAUUUCGUUAUUUGUACAGUUAAUUACUUCUAGUAGUGAUUUAUACGUUUUUUGUUUGUCUUGUAUUUUAUUUUUAUCUGAUACGUGAUCAAUAAAUAUUUUAAAACUUCAAUUUUUACCUCUUUUUGAAAUUUUAAAUCAUUUUUCACCUAGAGUAUCCCAUAAUAACUAUUUUUCGCAUAAGAGUAGAGACGCAUAGGAGAGCUCAAAAUAUAACGAUUGGGGGACAAUCUCUGGGGAGUUAUAGUGCUUCAAGGUCCAAAGACCAAAAAUUUCCAACAAUGGAGAGUUUUCUUUUGAAACACUCUGUAUGAUAUAUGCAUAUCAUUUUUCAUUGAUUGCGAUAAAAAAUGUAAAUUCAGUCACUGAAGAUGAUAAUUUGGUAAUGGAAACAAGGAAAUUGAGUGUUGGUGUAGUAUAGUAAAUUCCAACUGAAAUUAUGGAGAUUUCUGCACAAUUUUUUAAUUUGGAAGAAGCGAAACCCCAAAAUUACCAGAAAUUAAGCCUGACGAUUUUUUGUUUAGGAGAUUGUUAACUUUUAUACUGCAAUGACAAAUUUAGGGUGAUUUUAACACACAAAAAUCAUUGAAAAUCAUCAUUUUAAAUCUGUUAAUCAAAUUUAUGGCUUUAGAAUCCGAUGCGUCAUAAUAAAUUGUUUAUUAUUUAUAUUUAUUGGUCACGUCAAUGUAUUAUGGGAAAGUGUAUGGUAAUAUAGAGGAUUCUAGUUAAUGAUACCAUAUUUGUUCGAUGCCUUAUUCAAUAUUCUCAUAGAUUGUUAGAUUUCUAUAUAUUUUUUUUAAAUUGAAAUUUUGUUUUAAUAUAUUGUAAAUGUUUUUGAAAAUAUAUAAAUCUUAAUUUUGGAAAAACUAUAAACGUAAUAGAGAAAAACCUCAAAUCCAAGUUUAUACGAGGGUAGUCUAGAAAGUUUCGAAUGAACAAAGAAAGAAGUUUCAAAACAAUAAAAUUCCAAACAAUUUUUUUUCACGUUUUCUUUAAAUAUAUAUUUCAAAUAAUAGUUUGAUUAUCGAAAAACUCUUUUCUGCAAGUGAAAUUUGAUUAAAAAAAUCACUGGGAACUAGAUCUGGUAAAUACGGUGGGUGGUGAGACGAAAAUGAAUUUUAGUUAUGGCAAUCACCAAAAAAUGAGAUGGUACGUUCCCCUGAAGAGAAACAAGUUUUACAGUUUCGAAAAAUUCCUGCAAAGCAAUAUCACAGAGACCUCAAUUCGACUGCAUCACUUUGCUGCAAACCAGAAACGAACCAAGGAGCUCGCAGCACACCAGGAGCUGACAGUUUCCUAGAGGAAGUCAUACGUGACAUGGCAUAAACAUGACGUCGAGGCGACGAGAUUUUGGAAUGAGACUGGUGGCAUUCUGCAGCACACCAGAAACUUGGUAAUUAUCCUCCCGUUCCUUUCAGGAACCUCAGGAUGUUAUUUGGUUCUAGCUGCUGAAGGUCUUUAUUUUCCCUUAAUUUUAGCGUGUCCUGGAACCAAUUGGAGAGUUUUUCGUAACUCAUUUAACUCGUCUAAAGAUUCCAAAACCAGUUUGAAUGGCUCCUUGACUAUCGUACAAGAUGGUAAUGUGAAUAGAAGCAAAUUUAACUACGAAAAAUUCCAAGGGCGUAAAAUUCUUUAUACACAGGAUAUAAUUAAUAAUUAAAUAUCGUGGAUAUUUGAAAAGACAACGCCGUACGACAGGUGUCGAGAAAUUUUUAAAAAACUUUCGUAUAUUCGAUUGUACUGAAACAUAGAUGUGAACGCUUCAGUAAUUAUGUAAAAAAAUAUAUAAAAACUUCCCCUCCUCGUGUACAUACUGUUACGAAAUCACUAGUUAUUGUAAAUUUUGAUUAUUCAGUUUGUAAAUAUUUAUAUUAAACAGCUUUUAAUGAAUGUACUCAAUUUGUUUUACCUAUAAUGAUUCGAUGAAAUUAUCUCGUAAAAUAAAAUCGAAAAUUUAGAUUUAGUUAACAACGAGAUAUACCCAUAAAGUAAAUUCAUUUUGAUUAUUUACGAUCCAAACAUUUACUGAAAAUAAAUAUCUCUUGUUUCGAUGAAAAUACAAAUAUAGGGUGUUCUAUUAAGUCUGAUUAUUAAUUAAAAUUGUUUUUCUUACAAUAUUUAUGCAACACCCUGUAUAUGUAGUUGUUUAAAUAUUGCAAUAUAUUCUCAAUGAUUUAUAUAGACCAUUUCAAUAAAAAUUAUACGCACUGUAUAAAAAUCUGAAUACGCCACUUUCAUUAAAAAAAAAAUAAUUAUAUAAAGUAGGGUGACCGCUCUCCCAAUUGUUUCCAAAUGUGCGUGAAUGUUUGAAUUAUUUUAAACACAUCAUUCUAUUGGGGUAAUAUUUACCUAAAUUUUCCACCGUUUUUUUUGAUUGUUUUCUAUUUGAGGAUUAAGUUUCUGAAAAGCUCAGAAAUUAGAUAAGAAAAGAGAAAGACGACUCAAAAAUUUUCAUGAAAAAAAAAGUUCAACAGAACUGGAAACCCUGAGUUACUUAGUACAGUCAAGGGAGACUUUUUUUCAGUUUUAGUCCGAGCCUGGCACUAAGACAAGUUGGAUCUUGCACCAUAAUAAUACUCCGGUGAAUUGUACAAGAAUUUUUGACAUCCCAAAUCUCCUAAAAUGGUGUCAAAUCUCGAGAAAACUCACUUACUUUUAAUCAGAGAAAAUCAUGUUAAUUUUGCGUUUUCGAUGUUGCCUAAUCCAUUUAUCGACCUCGCAGAUGUCAAAAACUUAAUUUGUUGUUUUUUUUACAAUUGAUUUUUAAAAUAAAAUCGCAUUUUGUACAAAAAUAUCUUUUUCCGAGUCAUCGUACAAUUAACAGACCAUAACCUAACUUAUAGGUCCGCUCCUCGAUCUGUUGUACGUCUUUUCCUUCUCUAUCUAAUCUUCCAUUCUCCCAAAAAUUGUUACCCCAAUAAAAUUUUUUUUCAAAUUUAUCAAUCCAUUUCAAAGAGUAGUUGAACUUGAGACUUCGAUAAAUGGAUUCCACGAAUAAGCAAGGAUAAACUAAUGUGUAUUCGCAGUUAUUUACAUACAGGGUGGAUAAUUUUCAUGAAUAUUUAUUAUAUUGUUUCUAAUUUGAGUUGAAAAUACACGUGAUUUUAUUUGUUUAUAAUAAUAAAUGUUUUGACUGAAAUAAUAAUUAUUUAUUGUUAAAA